AUGGACGAGGACAAGCGCCAACAUCCGCUUUCAGCGCGCUCCAAUGGCGUCUACAACAACUUGAACUUGUCAACUCGCUCGCGGCAAAUCGUACAGCCCAAUAGCAGCACGGGGAGCCGCUUCCUGGCCGUUGAGCGCUCCAGACAGAUGGACCUCAGCCAAGUAUCGACUCUCAGUGCUAACACUACAGGAAUGGACGAGAUAAGUCGCGUAUCUCGCUACUCGUCAAUAUCCACUUCCUCUACCGCCUACUCGGCGAUGUCUUCGGUCGCCUCGUCCUACGGCGGGGGCGACCGGUGGGUUUCGCAACGCGCUUCUAACUCGUGCAAUUUGUGUCGUGAAAAGUUUUCGCUUCUCCGACGUUCGCAUCGCUGUCGACGCUGUGGCUACUUGUUCUGUGCCAAGUGCUCUCGAUUCAAGGCGGCGUUGACAGGUCAUACACACAAGUCGAGACUUUGCGAGACGUGUUUCCCCAAGGUUUUUUCCGGCAGCAAGCCGCCCAUGAACGCCUUUGUGCAUUCCAAAGCGUGGGUACCUCGCGGCGUAUUUGCACACAUGCUUGGCUAUUUGAACCAUGUUGAUCUGUGUCUGGCAUCGAUGACGUGUCGAUUCUGGUACAAGAGAGCUCUGCUAGACAUUACGUGGCGUCCGUUGUACAUCAAAGAGUUUGGAGACGAUGAAAGCAGUCCUCAGCGCGAAUCGCUGAUAGCGUUUCAGCGUGAUGUUCAUGGCAUCGGAUAUGAAAACUUGCCGUGGUAUAACAAGUUUUCUAUCCGUUGGACGGCACGGAAAGCUGCGGAGAAGAAGAAGAGCUUCUUGGUAAUGUCUAGUUUGCUCGCCUCGCUCAAGCUCAGCAAAUAUGCAGCUCUAUUCGAAGCAGAGGAGAUUGACAUUGAAUCUCUGUGUCUCAUGAACGCCGGUCAUCUGCGUGACCUUGGCAUCCCGUUUGGCCCUCGUAUGAAGCUGCUGAAUGCCGCCGCGUGUUUAGCGGACUUCAAUGAGGACGAUGAUGAUGAGCGGCCAUCCAUGGAAUCCGCGCCUAUUACGCCGGUAGCUCGAUUCAAGCAGAAGCGUGCCGAGAUGAAGCAUUUCCGUGCUGGACUUGUCCGCCGUGUACAGCAGUCGGCGGUUCGCAUUGCCAUCGUGACGAACGAAGGAGAGCUUUGUAAUGUAGGCUCCGGCAUCAUCAUUCACGAGGACGGACUCAUUGCUACUGCUCGGCAUUGCCUUCAGGGAGAGCAGUUUGACUGCAUUUACAGCGAUGAGUACAUGAUUUUGGUGGCGCCCACAGAAUCUACGUCGCUGCCGCCGUUAUGGAAGUAUCAUGCGCGUGUGAUUCCUGAGUGUUGUAAUGAGGAGCUCGAUUACGCACUGCUGCGCUUAGAUUGCGAGGUCAUCUCGGACCCGCCCAGCGGACUAUACAUUGGUGAUGUGACGGACCGCAUGAUCGCACGCAACUGGACCGUUACGAAACUUGAAGGCACUUCUCGAGAAACGAUAGGCAAACUACCAGCUGUUAGCAUUGGCAAUUCAAAUAACGUGGAACCAGGUGACGAAAUGUGGAUGUUUGGUUACCCAAGUAGUGGUCACAAUACCAUCACCGUGCAUCAUGCAAUCUGCUCUGGAACAGACUCUCAAGUGUACGAUGGUGAAGAAGUUGACAAGGCAAUGCUCCGCACAGCAGCACAGCUAGACAACGGCUUUAGCGGUGGUGGCGCUGUGGACAAGAAGGGUCUAUUAGUGGGUCUGAUUUCCUUCAGUGUGUUGCGCCAGGACCGUGUGCGUGCCAUCAACAUGGUCAAGGGAGCCAUUGAAUUUGCCAAGCGUAAGCAUAACUAUUCGUGA